CUGCUCACAACUCCAAACUCGACCCCCAUACCAUCUCUCAUUUGGACUCAGACGUGUGCGUUCGUGUAUAAAGUAGGCUCGGUAACGCACAGCAGGCCUUCGUCGUACACGUCCCAACACUCAUAGGCCCAACGACUGUGUGGCGGCAAAGCGCUUCCCCGACGGAAAUUACCGCGUCAUCUUGCGGCGCGCGGGCUGCUAGUCGAGUGUCGCACGACCUCGCCCCCACGCCUCCCGACUCAUCCCACGCUCAUCCAUCUGCACCGCACCUCGGCUUUUCUUCUUGUGGCGCUUUCCAUAAUGAGCAACGAGUCUGCACAUCUCACUCCAGGGGUCUUGAAUCCUGCAGCUAAUUCCUGGCAGCCGCAAACAUCUCGCGCCGCUAUCGAACAUGGCCAAGGCUGUGGCCCCAUAGAGCGCCAGCCCGCCAAUGGAAAGCCAGCGCGCAAAUCUACAGGACGCACUGGGCGAGGGGCAAAGCGCGCAGUCAAUGGCGCACCUUCAGAAGCCCAGCAGCAACAGCAGCAGCAGACGGGGCAAGGAAAAGGACGAAAUCGGGGCAAGUCGAAGCCCAAUGCUCAGAGAAAGCCUGAGUUGUCUCUGUCCGGAGACUCGCACCCCAACAGCACGACUGCAUCAGAUCUGUCAGACUCGGCACUGGCCUCGAAAGCGGCCUCGCGGCGGCAAAAGUUUGGAACGAAGCUCACUUCCUCUGACAAGCCCACGCAGCCGGCUAGGCGACCGCCGGACCCUUCCUCGGCCUUCCCCCUUCGUGACGAUUAUCCUGACCUUCGCUCUCGUCUCAUCGCCGAGCUCAGCCACGGUCAGUAUGACUGCGUGAUAUGCUAUUCUACCGUCGCAACGCGCCAACCGGUCUGGUCCUGCUCUCAGUGCUCGGCCGUCCUGCAUCUGAACUGCGCAAAGCAAUGGGCCGAACGCAGCGUCAAGCAGAUGGAGGAGCAGAAUGCGAUGCAGGAAAAUGCCGAGAUCCGCGCGAGGAGAGGCACAUGGAGGUGCCCCAGCUGCCAGUACGCGCGCGAAGACGUGCCGCACAACUACUGGUGCUGGUGCGGCAGAGUGAUGGACCCCAGCCCGCAGAACACUCCGCCAGGCAGUGUCCGAAUCCCACACGGCUGCGGACAGAAAUGUACCAAAGGGAACUGUGCACAUGCGUGCACUGAGCUCUGCCACCCAGCAGCGUGUCCGCCGUGCCCAGUGACUGUCUCUCGGCGCUGUUUUUGCGGUAAAAAGACCGUCACGAUUCGAUGCUCACAGCUCACCCGCACAUCUCGUGUCGCCAUGCUCGGCCUCGCCGAGAACGGCCUGGGCAGCGAGCUCGGCGGGAUAUCGUGCACGGACGUCUGCGGCAAGGCGCUCAACUGUGGCGUCCACACCUGCCAGUCAGUCUGCCAUGCAGGCAAGUGCGGCGAUUGCACGGUCACCAAAGAGGCAAAUUGCUACUGUGGGAGAGAUACCAAGAUCAUGCUCUGCGGACAAGGGCAGGAGAUCAAGAGUUACAGCAUCGCAGGAGACGAAAGCUGGGAUGGGUACUGGUCGUGCGAACAGCUUUGCGAGAGAAAGUUCGAUUGCCGGCAUCAUGCCUGCAAGAGAACGUGCCACCCCCUCUCGCGCCAGGCAGCAACGUGCUCGCGCUCUCCAUCCCUCGUGUCGACAUGCCCCUGCGGCGCGACAUCCGUCGCUGGCCGCACGUCGUGUACCGACGCAAUCCCGACGUGCCAAAACACGUGCAAAAAGGACCUCCCUUGCGACCAUCAAUGCGUCGGCUUAUGCCAUGCAGGUGACUGUGCGCCAUGUGCUGUGCCCACCACGCGGCCCUGCCGAUGUGGAGAGGCCAAGCAGACGCUAGUGUGCUCUGCGCGUCAGGCGGCCGGAGGUGGCGAACAGGACGUGCUGUGCAAGAUGGUGUGCAAGGCGCUGCGCAACUGCGGCAAGCAUCAGUGCAAUCGUCAGUGCUGCCCGCUCUACUUUCAGGCCAAGUCCAAGAGCAAAAAACGUCCGACGCCAGCUGAGUUGGAGAUGCAAGACCCUAUGGGCUUUCACGCCUGCGACGUCCCCUGCGGCAAACCGCUGUCGUGCAAGCUACAUUCGUGCGAGCGUAGCUGCCAUCGUGGGCCGUGCGGGCGUUGCCUUCAGAGUUCAUUCGAGGAGGCCGUCUGCCACUGCGGGCGCACCGUCAUGGAGCCGCCUAUCCAGUGUGGAACGCAGAUUCAGUGCAACUUUCCGUGCACGCGCCCGCCCCCGCCGUGCGGCCACCCGCCCCUGCCGCACAACUGUCAUCAAGAGGAGGAUUGCCCGCCAUGCGUUUACCUGACGGAUCGCCUCUGCCACUGUAAGAAGACCGUCGUGCCGAAUGUGCCGUGCAGCCGCACGAAUGUCCACUGUGGCGUACAAUGCGGCAGCGUCCUUGGCUGCGGUUUCCAUCGAUGCCAAGGGGUCUGCCACCAGGCGCCGGCCGACUGUGGGCCGUGCACGCAAAUGUGCGGCAAGCCGCGCAAGCUGUGCGGACAUGCUUGCCCGACGCCUUGUCACGCUCCGGGCAUGUGCCCCGAGACCGAGGCAUGCCAGGCGUUGACGGUUCUGCAAUGCGGCUGCGGACACGUGCAACAAAAGGUCAAGUGUGGCGUGUCGAUGCACAAGCCUAACGCAGAGAGGAGCCUCAAGUGCAACGACUCGUGCGCGAUCGCGCAGCGCAAUGCCAAGAUGGCCGAAGCGCUCGGCCUCAGCGUUGGCGACAAGGCAGGGCCAACGCAGUAUCCUGACUCAGUGCUUGCAUUCUACGCCAGCCGGCGAAAGGAGGCAGAGCAAGUCGAGCAACUGCUCACCGAUUUUAUCAAGUCGCCGCGGCACGGGACCAUCCUGCCAGUGGCGAACAAGGAGGUGCGGCAAUUCACGCACGAGCUCGCUACAUGCUAUGGCCUGGCGAGCGAGAGCGUCGACGAGGAGCCAAGGCGCAGCGUCAUGCUGCGCAGAGGCGGCGGUGGCAGCGCGAGCGCGCUGCCGACCCGGUCGCUGAACGACGCAUGGAAGGAAAAGGCGGCCGAGUCGGCGCUCCUCAGCACCAGCGCGGCGCGCAGGGCACAGUCUGUUACGCUGACGCAACUGCGUCGGCAGCCAUCGGCGGGGGUCAGCGCGCCGGCGUCCGCUACGCCCCUGUCCAGCUGGAACAGUUUCAUCCUUGAGGGCGUUUUUGGACAGGACGAGGCGUCACUGCGAGCGGUGCUGUCCCCUCGCCUCGGCGAGGCGGUCGCGUACGGGACGAAGUGGCUGACACACGAGGACGUGCUCGUGCACCCGGUGCUGCGCGCCGCCAUGGGCACCGCUGCGAUCGACGCGGCGGGGCGCGCCAUCGUGUCUGCGUUCGAGCCGGUACGGAGCCUCUGCGGCAAAUCCAGCAGCAGCAGCGGUCCACCUGUCGCGAGGGCGUUGCGCCCUGCGACGGUGGACUUGUUGUCGCCGUCGCUGCCGGUGCUGCGCAGAGGGAGCAGCGCGACGGAGAACCGCGCGGCGACGGGGUCGGCAUGGAGCAGCCACGUGCUACUUGAGCACGCCGUCGUCCCUGCGGCUGUCCGCUCCGCGCCUGUGUCUGGCAGGGCGACGCCGAUGCACGGGUAUGCGCCCUCAGGCGGGGGUCCGCUUUUGAUGGCAGCUGCCGCUGCACGUGGGCAGGGCGGCGCGGUAGGCUCUCCAUCGCCGCCGCCUGUGGUGCCAGAGGGGGAUGUGCCGGAUAGCUGGGACGAUAGCGUGUAG